AUGGGGUCUGGUGCACUCUUCACGCACAAUGCGGGUACCCGCUGUAUGCGCAAAUGUGUGUAUGGCUACUGGGGUCAUCAGUGCACGCCUCUCACUCACUCUGUCCCUCCCUCCCUCCCUCCUUCGCUGAGCCCUCUCAUGAGAGAGGAUAAGGAAUACGCUUGCGUCCACCAACACGUAGACUGGGCUAAGUGUGUGGCAGCCGCAGAGGUACUAUCCACUCUGCCUAUCACUUUAGUACUCGUUUUGCUUGAACAUCUGAGGUCCAUCAUGACGGCGACGCCGAACAGCAGGGCACAUGCCGUUGCAGCCCUCAAGCUGCAGCGGGAUCGCAGCACCGCGUACCAGCAAUGGACAUCACUCUUCUACCGCGCUAUCAUUGGCGACAUCACCGCCACGGAGCUGCAGCGCCAUAUCCAGGGCAUUGUCCUACCAGAGUUUCAGCGUAUUAGCACGCAGCUGCGGUCGUUGCAGGAGGUGCUGACGGUGUCCGUAGCUGAGACGGUGCAACAGCCGAAUGGCCACCCAUCCCCCCACUUGACUACUAAUGCACCAGCGGGGGCAGCAGACCACAGGCGGUGGACGAGCUCGGCACCAUUGUCGUCCACCACAGCCAAAGCGACAGCGCUGGCUAGAUGGAUUGAUCGCUUGCAAGACCUGGAGCGUGAGCACUAUACUGUGACGCUGAGCUUAGCGAACCAGCUGGUCCAGCAUUGCACGCCAAACGUAUGCGUCGAGUCGGAGCGAAAGCCGUUGGCAGCAGCGGAGGAAGACAUAUCGAGGCGCACAGACGAGGCGACGGACAUCAAGUCCCUCUUUAAGCCAGACAGCAGCGACGAGGAGCAGUGCGAGUUGGUGCAGAGUCACCCAACGCACAUUGCACACAGCACUACAGCCCCCUCCGCCGCAGCCGCCCCUGCGCCAUCACUACGCGUGCACGAUGUGGAGCGCUGCUCCCUGCUACGCCUUAUUCCACCGCGCUACCACACGUGUCUGUACUUUGUAGCAUGCCACGGCGCCGUGGACGACCUCGGCGGCUCCCCCGAUCACUCGGCAAAUGACAGCAACGACGAUGAUGGCGAAGGAGGAAACCAACCGUGCGUGGAGGCCGAGCUGAUCGCGCUACCCGACAAACAUGUGAGCACAGACGAGGCACCCAUCAUCGCCCAUUAUGCGCCUUUUGUAGUGGCACGCCGAUGCGCGGCCUGGUCAAGCGCCGUGACGGCCAUCGUGCACCGCCAGGAGUCGCUUCGCGCCGCUAUCGAGGAGUUGUGCGAAGAGUUGCAGGGUGAAAUUAGUGACGAUGCGUGA